AUUCCCCCUGGUGUUCGGUAAAGAUGGCGACGGAGCCGCCCGUGUGCGCGCGAGUUCGGCGAAGAUGACGACGACGAGCCGAAUAACUGACUUUACGGCCGCCGCGCUGACAGUGUAGAGCUCGGAGACGCCCGGAGGAGCACCUGAGAACUCGUCAGCUCUGUGGAAGCGGAUUAGAGCCGACUGGCUGUGUAUUUUCGGACCCUCUCUCCCUCCCGCCGCUCUGUCGGUUCGUGUUUUUGGCCAUGGAGGACAUCAACUCGAACAUAAAUGCGGACCUGGAGGUCCGUAAGCUCCAGGACCUGGUCAAGAGGCUCGAGCAGCAGAACGAGCAGCUCCGAAGCCGCUCGGCUCUGCUCUCCUCGUCCGGCGCCGCGACGGGGGCCAACAACGGUAGACCGCUGAGCGCCGGCUACGACUCUCCGCUGUCUGCGGGCGCGGCGUCCGGUCUCCCCGGCUUCGGCGGGGCGAGGGGCUUCGGUUUCGGGGCGCUGCUGGAGAACUCGCGCUGCCUGAGCCCCAGGCGCUCUUACCACGGAUCUUACGGAAGCUACGACAGCGACACCGCCGCCUCAGCCGCCUCCAACACCGGCGUCUCCUCCCGUUACCGCGACUCUGUGGUGGAUUUCAUCGAGGACGGAGAAACUUCUGUGCUGGACGAGGUGGAGGUCCUCGACCUGGAGGAUAUGGACUGUCUAAACGAGGAUGAGGACAGCUGGUUGUACGAGGCGAAGCUGAACAGUCCUCUGCAGAAAGCACUCAGCCCCAUCGUGUGGUGCCGACAGGCGCUGGAUAACCCCAGUCCUGACAUGGAGUCAGCCAAACGUUCCCUCCUCCACAGGCUUGACCUCACCAUGUCUGCAAAUAAGAGGCGGAGCCUGUAUGGCAGUACCUACAGCCCUCAGGUGAGCUACGGAAGCCAGUACAGUCCAAACGCAGCCAACAGUCCAUACAGCAGUGGGUUCAACUCCCCCUCCUCCACUCCUUCCAGAGUGCCUAUCGUCAAGCAACUAGUGCUGCCUGGCAGUGCAGGCCAUCAGCGGAGCUCAACGGACAGAAAUCCCCCGGCAAUAAGCCCCCAGUCGUCAGUGGACAGUGAGCUGAGCACGUCAGAGAUGGAUGAAGACUCUGUGGGUUCCUCUACCACCUACAAGCUCAAUGACGUCACUGAUGUGCAGAUCCUUGCCCGCAUGCAAGAAGAGAGCUUGAGACAGGAUUAUGCUGCCACAGCAUCACGCCGCAGCUCAGGCUCCUCCUGCCAGUCCCUGCGGCGGGGAACACUCAGUGACCAGGAGCUGGAUGCCCAAAGCCUGGAAGACGAGGAGGAGGCUCUUCACCCUGCACUGUACCACCCACCUGUAACUCGGUUCAGCCCGUCUCCUCGACCCUCACCCCGCGUCUCGCCUCGCCACUCGCCACGCUCACGCUCACCUGCUCGUUCGCUGGAGUACUCCCGUGGCUCGCCGCAGCCAAUGAUCAGCCGCCUUCAACAGCCCCGCCUCUCCCUGCAGGGCCACGCCCAUGAGCCCCACACCAAUGCUAUCAAAAACGAAGAGAAAUUGCGGCGCAGUCUUCCCAACCUGACGCGCUCCAGCUCAGGCCCUGCUGCUGAACCUGUCAAAAACAGCCGCAGCUGCGAGUCCAACCUACAAGUGCCAAAUGGAUCCCCUCGACACCAGAGCCAGUCAACCACAGCGCAGCACCAAAGGCUCUCCGGGCCGGCUCGCGCCUCCCCAAAACCCAAAGAGCGGCUGCAGAGCCCCACUUCUCUACGAGUCCCUUCUAGUACUAAGUUGCGGACUCCCGCAGCCCCCUCACCCCUGGCCCUGCGGCAGCCUGUGAAGGUCGUGUCUAAUCCUGCUUCAGGCACGGCCACGCCCACCCGCUCCCUAGCCCCGCCCCGCAGUGCUCUGCCCCGCCCCAGCGGCUCUGCUGGUGGGGGUUUACCUGUGCCUCGCAGCAAACUGGUCCAGCCUGUGCGCAGGUCUCUACCAGCUCCCCGCACAUACAGUGGCAUCAGAGACGAGAGCUGGAGAGAGGGCUGUUACUGAGCAGUAAGCUCAGAAACCUGCAGCACAGAGGCGGACCAUCCAACCUGGCACUUUACCAACCUCCAUUUUUAGAUCAAGCAAAACACACAAGUGAGACACUCUUAGCAUCCCCAUUCAAUAAACAUUGUUAGGAAAUUCUCGUCCCAGUAGGAUGAUAUCACGGCUAGCUGGAGACCUGAGAAUGCCAAAGAAACCAACUGCCACCAGGGGGCACUCUCACCAACCAAACAGAGCCAAUACAGAGAACAGAUCAAACCCAGUGCUGUUUGCCUGAAUGCCUAUUCUCUCUCUCAUGAACUUGUGUUCUGACACUUUAUUGUUCCUCUCUGCUUCUGCACCCUGAAAAGGAGACCCUUGACUAUCCUUACAUGCAUUUUCUCUGUAACGGGCCUGUUGCAAUCCUGUGAGAGUGGAAUAGUCUUUUAAAGUUAUACAGUGGUUGUCCAUAAUGCUUUGCUUGCUGGACACCCUUCAAACAGUGGCUGUAUGGACUGAACCCAUGACAGUGUCUUUCUCCCAGAAUGUCUUGUCAUAUCUAUGUGACAAUUAUUUAUUUAGAAAUCAUUAUUUAAAAAUAAUUUUUUCCAAAGUAAAUUCAUACUCAGUAUUUUUUUUCUUUAUGUUCUGAAUGUUAAUGUUUGAACCUCAACUAUAAAGCUAAGUUUCCAAAGCAUUUAUCAGUGGAUUUAUGACAAAGUGGCUGGAUAUGUUCAGAGUUUGAGAACAUUUCGUUUUAUCACUGUGUUUCAGUUCAGAACUAUGAGAUCCAAACCAGGGUUGUGUUUUUAUUUGUUUUUUUUGUUUGUUUGUUUUGUUUUUUUUGUAAGUUUCAAAUGUAAACUUGUUGUAGAAUCAUGAAAUGUUCUGCAGAAAAACGGGAGGAUCAUAAGUAGUACUCUGUUGAAGAGCAGCGUUUUCCAAAUUGUGUGUAUAUUGUAUCCCCAUUGGGCAGUUGAACCAUGGUAGACCAUUAGAUGUUGAUCAUGAAUUGUCAAAUUUGGUGAAAGAGAAAACAUGUUUUUGUGCAUAUUAUAAACUUUGAUGGAUGGCCAGUCCAUCAGUCUGUUUCUGGCUCAGGGGAAGGGGUCAUAAGAUGGCAUUGUGACGUGUACCGUGAUUGUCAAAAUAACUGAAAGUGUCAAAAGAAAAGCUGAUCAUGGAGUGUAUCUUUUCGUGGUUGUUGCCAUCGUCAGGUCUUUUAUGAUGAAUUUGAUUUAAAAUCCAACUCUUUACCAGUUUAAAAAAAGCCUGUGUCAAACGAGUCGACCUUUUCGAUGCUGAAUACGUGCACGUUCAGGUUGAUGGUCCAGCAACAGUGCAGGAAACAAUGUCUUAAAGGCAAAGCUUCAACCAUCUUGUACUUGGAGCGAAGGAGCCACAUCAUUAUUCCAGUGAAAGUCACAAAUGGGACGUUAAACAGAACAGUGCUGGAUUGGCAGUGGCACUUUAGACGCACGGUGAUGUCAUCACGAUACACGUGCGUGAGUGAGACUGCAAACGUUUGUUUUAAACAUGAGUGCCUAUUAUUUAUGAAAUCACCUUGCUUUCAUGUCAAUAUUUUCUUUUUUCUACAUUUAAUUUGGUGCCAACUGCAUUGUUUUGCCAAUAUCGUUUUGCUUCAGGGGUCUCUGCAUUUCUUGCUUAAUAUUUUUUUUGGCUAAUGUAUUAUUUUGGUUUUGUAAUUGCUUUGAUAACAUUUAUAUUUGCUUUUUAGAACAAAAUGUAUGUUAUAAAUGCCUUGAUAUUUAUGACUAAAUGCUCUGAUCUGAUAAGAGGCUUAUUUAUUAAACAGAGAGAUGCCUCUGCACGGUGUGAGGCAGCGUUAGUGGGAUGCCUGAGCCUCGUAUAGGCAUGAGGACGGCCAUGCCGCACCAUUUUGUGGACAGUUUUGUUAAAACUUUUAUAUCUCCACAAACAUGAUGCUCAGUUUCCCCUGUGUUAAUUCACAUUUCAAAUAAAAAGUCAAAAAUGUCA